GACAAAUUGAAAUUAUUGGGUGAAAAGUGAAAACUAAAACUUGAAAAAUAAUAAUAAUAUUGACAGACAGACACUACAUAUUUAUUACUUCGAAUUUAUUAUAUACCACAAGUAAAAACUUCAAAUGAAAACAAUGUUAUGUUAAAACAAUAAUAUGGAUUUGCAAUGGAUAUCUAUAACAAUCGUUCUUACAUUAGCAAAAUUAUCCACGUCGGAAAGUGACCCGUACUACAAGGAACCAUAUCGUCCAUUAGGACCUCUUGUAAAAUGCAGCUUCCUUCCCAUGGAAUUCCUGGAAUGCGACGAACCAGUUGACCACAAGGGUAACGAAACAGCCAAAAAAGCUGUUAAGCAUGGUUGCGUUAAAUUCGGUGGUGUACGUUACGAAGAUGUAGAAAAGACAAAGGUGCAGUGUAAAGCACUAGAUGGCAUCGAAUGCUAUGGAAAUCGUAGCUUCCUAAGAGAUGGAUUUCCUUGUGUACGAUAUUCUGGACAUUAUUUCACUACAACUCUUAUUUACAGUAUUUUGUUAGGUUUCCUAGGUAUGGACCGUUUUUGUCUUGGACAAACGGGCACGGCAGUGGGGAAACUUCUUACCCUUGGUGGACUAGGAAUUUGGUGGAUUGUAGAUGUAGUUUUAUUAAUUACAAAUAAUUUGCAUCCAGAGGAUGGAAGUAAUUGGAAUCCAUAUGUGUAACUUAAUGUAAAGAUAAUUAUAAUGUAAAUAAAAUAUUUAACAAUU